CUGUAUUUAUUCCCUUUUAACCAGCCACCAGAAAAGCAGAGCUGGAUGAAGCUCUAGUCUCCAUGAUAGUGAAGGAUACCCAGCCUUUCACUAUUGUGGAUGACGUUGGAUUCAAGACAUUUGUGUCUAAGCUGGAUCCCAAUUAUGUUCUCCCUACAAGGCAGGCUCUGAAGGCCAUGGUGGAGGCCAAAUAUGAGUCUGCUAAGGAGCACGCUAAGGCUAAAGUAGAGAAGGUGGCUGCUGUUAGCCUUACAUCAGAUAUGUGGACAUCCAUCAACAUGGAUGCCUACCUGGCAGUGACAUGCCACUUUGUGGAGGAGAAUGAAAAGCUGAGCUCGGUGUUGUUGGGAGUGCAGGCAUUCCCCCAGUCUCACACUGCUGAAAAUAUUGCUUGUGUGAAAGCCUCCCUGAUGGAGGAAUGGGGAAUCUCAGGCAAGGUGACAUGCAUUGUCACCGAUGGUGCUCCUAAUAUGGUGGCAUGCGUGAGAGACCUGAAGCUUCGCCACCACAUUUGUGUUGCUCACACCCUCAAUCUUAUUGUGAAGAGGGCGCUUGAUCACCAACCUGCGCUCUGUGGCCUCCGGGCCAAAGCAAGGAAGCUGGUUGGCUACUUUAGAAGCAGCACCACUGCUAAGGAGAAGCUUACACAAGUGCAGCAUCAGCUGGGCAUGCAAGCAACCAAGCUGAUGCAGGAGGUGGAAACCAGAUGGAACAGCACCUACUUGAUGCUGCAACGUCUGGUGGAGUUGAGGGAGCCACGUGCCUUUCGUUACUCUCUCCUUUCUAUGACGCCACCACGGAGCUCUCGGCAGAACAACACGUGUCGGCAUCAAAAGUUAUCCCCCUCCUGA